AUUAAAUAAAAGAUUAUGAAAAUUUAUAUUUUUUAAAAUUUUUUUUUUGAAGAAUUGCAGAUAAAUAUGGAGGGCGAGGUUUCGCCGGAGAAAAGUGGGAUGUGCGAAAUGAUCUCAACAAGUACUCCAAUAAUAGAUAAUUCCGAUACACAGGAGAUUAGGUCUCUCAUCACCCCAGAUAAAGACGUUCCACAGGACUCGAAAAUCCCUCCAAUUCUGAACCGUACUAUACCAGGAAACUGUUCUGUACAGAACCGUUGCUCCCUGAGUUGGGGUCAGGACGGAUGUAUAUCCUACGGAUGUGGAAACCUUGUUGCGGUGGUUGAACCGGCAACUUGUCAGUAUCUCCAGGUUCUCAGUAAACACAGGCACCCCGUGGUUCGGACUGCCUGGUCUUGUUCUCCGGAGAGAAGAUUAGGACUUGCCUCCGCAGAUGAAGCAGGACAUAUUAUUGUGUGGGAUGUUAUCCAGGGCGAACAUACUCAGCAGUUACAUGAUGGUAACCUUCCCAUCUCGGAGCUAAGGUGGUUAGAUUCAAGGAUAGAGAAGACAAGUCAUCUUCUCCUCUCCAUCCAUCCUCCAAACCAUCUAAUACUAUGGAACAUACAGACCGGAGCCAAGGUCUGGAAAUGUUCAUACAACGAAACCUUGUUAGGGUUUGAUAUAGAUCCCUUCAAUUGUUACAGGUUCAUGUUCCGCUGUCCCAGCUGUGUACUCUUCAUUGAAGAUUUCCAUCCUGAUAAAUGUCCUAAAAGUGACGGGAAGAAGUUUUAUAUUGUUGGUGGGAAAAGUGGAGCUUCAAGGAGAAGUAUGACAGCUGAGGCAUCUCUGCUCGGAGAUGAGAAGAAUAAGGGAACCAAGCUCUCUAAAAUAAUGAGACAGAUGGUUCUCGGAGAAAAUAAGCAAACCCAGAACCUAGAAACCUCGUCAGAUUGUUUGAGUGCAAGCUAUCACAAAGGAGUAAAGAGUCUUAUAAUUCUUGCUUUCUCCAAGGAAGUGCUUCUCGUGGAUGUCCAGCUCUCCCAGGCGCUUGGAACUAUCAACCUGGAGAGGGUUCACUCUCCUCUAGCUGGGAUACGAAGUUGUGCAGAGAAAGAUGUGAUUUACAUCCUUCAUGAGUCCGGGAGUGUUUCCGUCUGGAACCGUAAACCAAACCUUUCCGUCCUUGCAACACCUUCCUUCUCCAGGAGCCAGUCUAUGUCUGGGUUUCCUAGAACACCACAUUCCACCGCAGUUUUGAACGAGGACGGAUACUCAUUAGCCGGCUCCGACGUCCUUCUUGAGGUUUCCUACGAAUCAAGGGUUCAGAGUGAUCAUGUUCGGAUGGGAAAAAGUUGUAAAGUUCUAGGUUUAUCUAUACACCCUGUUACAGAAAAGCAGAUAGCGUUCCUAACCUCUGAUGGGCGGGUUUACUUUCUUGAUUACCUGGAGAGUAAAGUUCUCGGUCAAGAUAAUAAUCCGAAGGAAACAAAACUAUAUUCCGUGCCAUUAUUAACCCAAGGUUCUGGUUUAGGAGAGAAGAUUUCGAACCCGAAAAUGAUGAUUCGCUCAAUCCUCGGCAGCUCUUCCUCGCCUGUUUGUGUUAUUCGAAUGUGCCCGCCACUAACGGUGAAGAACUGGCGGGACUACGUUCCCAUGAUCGCCGCCGGUUCUAUAUCCGGCAACCUACAAAUAUUCAACAUCGCCACAGGUAGUUUGACCCGUGAGCUAGCUGUUCAUACGAAUGAGAUUAAAGGGAUAGAAUGGAUAACAGGAAACCCUGCCAUCUCCUUGCUCAGUUACUCCCACCAUCCUCUGAGUGGAUCCAACUUUGUCCGGAAUGAAUUAAUGUUCACCAAUAUUCUCACAGGGAAAACAAGAAAUCUGCGUGGAGAUAGAGGGGAAGAAACUAAGAUCACUAUGAUACGAGUUUCCCACGCUAAACAGUAUUUUAUCUUGGCGUUUACCGCCGGACCAUUCGAACUCUGGGACGCCAGGAAGCUCUGUCUCUUGAGAACUAUGCCGAAGAAGUUUCCUCUGGUAUCUGCUCUGAUCUGGUCUCCAAAUCAUAAACCCAAGAGGAAAUCUGUCUCCGGUCUGGUGGAAACCAGUGAUAUUAGCUCACCUAGUCCUACCAAGGAGGACGGGUUCCUAGUUAAGGAACAUUUUCUCUUCUCAGACCUCGCUAGUCAAUUGUAUCAUUUCUCGGUUGAAGGUCAGUCUAUCCGUGACGGAGCUCGUAUUCCAGCGGAGACCGGAUUAGGAACUGUGAACGCUAUCGCGAGCAAAGCGGAGCUGAUUGUUCGAGGAGACACGGACGGAAAUAUUAAUAUUUGGAAUAUUAAAGAUAGACAAUCGAAGAAUAUUCAUACUGGCAGAGGAAAUAUAAAGCAGGUUCAGUUCUCCCCUGGUCGCGGGAAUAUGAAGAUUAUUGUCCUCUACACACAUGGAGUCGCGCUGUGGGACUUGAAGGAGCUGGAGCUGAUUAACGAGCUCCGAACCCCCCGGGAUAUACCGGAUGUUCUCUGUGUAGACUGGGCAGCGUCGGACAGGGUUACGAUACUAUGCAAGGAUGGAGGAAUAAGGUUUAUGGGAUUAGCUCUGGCUGGCGCUUCCAGCCCAAUCCUGGAGUAUCCAAGAAAUCAACUUCCAAGUUGUGUGUCCCUCCUGUCCCAGAAGCUGUUAGAUAGGUUCCAUUUUAAUCUAACCUUCCCUGAGGUUCAAGUUGACCUGAUAGAAGAUCUAGGACUUACUCCGGAGCAACCUGAGUAUUCUAUACUCCAGACCUAUCAGGAGAUCCAACAAGACUCAAAACUUAACUUUGUGGAAAGGAACAUGGAAUUUGCCCAUUUGUUCGGAUUUCAAUUUGAGAAAAAGUUCUGGUCCCUUCUUCAUCAUUUAGGCACGUCCCGUAAACUAAGCCGAAGUUACGAUCUGUACAGUGACCGGACCAGCUAUAUAGAGCAGGAGGAUGAGAAAUGUAAACUUCACCUGAACCGUGCUGCGGACAAGGAGUCUAGAUCUCAAGUGACCGCCAGGCUACUCUGCCUGGGUCAGGUUGAGCCUGCUGUCCAACUCCUCCUGGAGACGGAACCUACAGAGGAAACCUUCUUGUCAGAUCAACUCUUGGCUUGUCUGAUAUCCACCACUACUAACUCAGUUGGAGGAAACCACCUGAGUACAACCAAGAUGGUUGCAACUAAACUGAUUGCAGAAGGAAAACUGUGGGAGGGGGUUCAGCUCCUCUGUUUAGUGAACAAAGUAUGGGAUGCAUGUACUUAUCUCCGGGCCUCGAAGCACUGGGAGGAAAGUAUGUGGUUGGGAAAGUGUCGGUUGAACGAGGACGAAUACAGAGAGAUGACGAGGAAGUUUGCGGAGUUUCUUGUUAAUCAAGAAUAUGAAACAACAUCUGACCCAGUAUAUACAGGACGGCUCCAGGACGCUGCCCUGCUCCAUGCUAGUGUAGAAAACUGGUCCGCCUGCCUCGAGGUUCUACAUCUAGGACAAUACAGAGGACUGGCAGUCCGACUUCUCCAUCAUAUAUCGGAGGCUGUGGAUCCGGUCCUAGCGGAGGCCAUCUGGAUGGAGGCUGCUAGGUUUCUCUUCGAGGUUGGACACAGGAGAGGAGCAAACUAUUUUUGUGAUAAGAUCGGGAAGAAAGGAGAGGAGUUGAAGCAAGAAUUUUACCAUGGGUAAAUUAGUUAAUGUCAUAUCCGGAAAUAUAUUUAUUGUGAUACGAAA